GUUCACACGUAACUUGCACCUGCAUUUUACCCAACGCGACUUCUUUAAUCUUUUAAUCUUUAACUUCAUUUCGAUUCAUUCUUUCGUCUCGUUGAAGUUAAAUUCAAAUUUCUUGCCUCCAAUUUAUGUUUCUGUCGUAUUCAUAUACGCUUCUACAUACUUUUUCCGUCGAUCCCCAGAUUCUGUGGGUUAUCCCUUAUUGCGUACGGGGAUUAUGCAUCGGCGAAUAUAAGCUUCCCAAACUAUAGUAGGGGUCCCUGCAGCUGGUCAUCUUUCUACUUUAGACGGACUCAACGCUCGAGUAACUUCAACAAUGGUCUACUCGUUCGACUUCACUUAACCCAGCAUAAAAUGUUUCUUUCAAGCUUCUUAGGUGCCCCAACAGGACGGAGGGCUUCCUUCAAGUCGAACAAAUCCAAAUCGAUUGGACAUUCUCCCGAAGUCUCCCCAUCGCGAUCCCGAAACUAUGAUUCCUCCCCCGAAUACCUAUCCGACGAAUCGCACCUCCAGCCAGUUAUCCCAUCGCCGCAGGAUGUUCUCGAUUUGAAUAAUAAUCUCGAAAUGCUCGCUGCGCUGUUCCCCGACGUCCAGGUAGAAGUCUUCAGGGAAAUGCUUUCAUCCUUCUCGGAAGAAUCACGAUUAUUCAUUAUCACAGACAAGUUGCUAAAAAACCCAGGCUUCUACGUGAAGGGGCGGCGGAAAGCUAGCGAUAAUAACAGCUCCAGCUCGAAUAUUCUAGUAUCGCGAACUGAGGCAUUCAGGACGGCAGAAUAUAAGGGUGCGGUGCGAGCUCUAGCGAUGCAAGAAUUCAAGGGUCUUUCUAAAUCCUCUAUCGAUGCCGUCCUGUCCGAGUCCAACUUUUCCUAUCUUGAUGCACGACAGACCCUUGUGGAUUUAUCUUCCAAAUCGUGGAAAUUUACAAUAUCCGCCCUGCUCUUCCGUCGUAGAGCUGUUACUUCUACCGAAGCCGAAUCGCAUCCCCUUAUCACGUGGAAGUCUUCGGAUGAUGGAUCCAGAAUACCUACUAUAAAGGCAACUGGGAACGCCGAGUUGGAUAGAGAAUUGUUUGAGGAAAUAAUUAUGCCCCUAAAUCAACGAAAAAGGGCUGCAACGGAGGAAAGUGACCGCAAUUUGGCUGUGUCUUUACUUACGGAGGAAGCCGAAGCUUGCGAAGCUACUUAUGAGUGUAGUUGUUGUUACACCGACGUGAUUUUUGAAGAGCUCACCACUUGUGGCACCGAAGGGCACCCGGUCUGCUUCCGUUGCGUUCAGCAUUCUAUCACUGAAGCUAUAUUCGGUCAAGGUUGGCAACGCAACAUUGAGAAGGAAACUGGUUCCCUCAGAUGUCCCGCCGUAGCAUCAACGGAGUGUGACGGCUGCAUAUCUUCUGAGCACAUACAUCGGGCCAUACAAGACGAGAAGAACGGAAAGGAGAUUUUGCAGAAGCUUGACCAACGCCUAGCAGAGCACGGCCUGCUUUCCAGCGGCUUACCCCUUAUACGGUGUCCGUUCUGCAGCUACGCCGAGGUCGAUGACUUGUAUGUGCCAACCAACCUGCGUAGGCCCAAGCUGCGUGCUAGCAAUCUUCCAAAUAUUAUCAUUAUCCUGGCUUGCAUGGUUCUGUCACCAUUAUACCUUUUAGUCUUAGUACUAAUGCUCGUCGGAAUUAUCCUCUGCUUAAAUGGACCAUUCAGGUAUUACGUAUCCUGGCAUUUGGGAGCAGCGCUCAACCGGUACCAACGUCGCCGUCGUGGAUUGAAGUUCAUUUGUCAGAAUCCAGACUGCGCACGCUCGUCAUGUUUAUCUUGUUCGAAAGCAUGGGUGGACAUUCACGUUUGUCAUGAAUCGUCACUUGUAGCUCUGCGCACGCAAGUGGAGCAAGCAAUGUCAAUGGCGAUCAAGCGUGUCUGUCCACGAUGUAAUAUGUCGUUCGUCAAGAACGCAGGAUGCAAUAAACUAACCUGCCCUUGUGGCUACAAAAUGUGUUAUGUCUGUCGUAAAGAUAUUGGCACCCCAACCGAAGGGUAUCAACAUUUCUGCCAGCAUUUCAGGCCCGAAGGCGACGGGCGACGAUGCAAGGAAUGUAAUAAGUGCAACCUAUGGGAAGCAGAGAACACCGAAGAGAUACUCCGAAAUGCCAAGGCGGAGGCAGAACGGAGGUGGAGAGAAUCCGAAAGACGCGAGUUGUCCGACGCAGAAAAGGCAUACCUCGAAGACGGUGUCGGCGGCUUAGGUCGACGACAACUAAUUCACCCAUGGAUAUCGCAACUUCUUCGAGGCGGUAAGCUCCCGAGUGUUGAAGAAUUUUGUGACUUUAUUAUAGAGUUCUUGUUUGUAUGACGGAACGAAGAAAAAAAACAGGGGACGUGUCACUCUUGACUUGCGAGAAUUAUAAAAGAGCAUAUCCGGUUGUUGAGCGUUACUUGGAGUCAACCUUCAAAAGCGAGCAUUGCACUAAGAAUAGGCGUUAAGGAAACUAGGCACAAGGAAAACAGGACAGGAUAUUUGUUAUACCCACGGGCAGCAUUAUAUAUGCUAAAAUGCACCAUAAGCCACGGCUCUUUGUAAUGUAGUGUAUACAACAAUUAGACACAAUCCUAUAAGUCAGUAACACCG